AUGGCCGACAAGCUCCGCACCUUGCAACAGCUCGAAACCCUUCAGGCCAAGUAUGUUGGCACGGGCCAUGCUGAUACAACCCGCCACGAGUGGACCAACAAUAUCGUGCGCGACAGCUACGCCUCGUACGUCGGACAUCCGCCGCUACUGGCGUACAUGGCUCUGGGAAUGGGCGAGGCCAAGGACAAAGUACGCGGACAGAUGAUCGAAAAGAUGGUGAGGGGUGUGGGUGCACCACCGGCGCGAGAGGGAGAAUGA